CAGAGACGUCACCCUCGUAAUAGCGAAACCGAAAGUAGCCAAACAGCCUGUUGCCGGACGAUUUUGCGAUCGUUAUCAGAUCUUUCGACACCUUCUAAACGUCUACAGCCUGUACUGUUUGCGAGGAAUCCAAAGAUGACUUCAGCUACCUCCUUGCUGUUUUUUGCGAUCCAUUUAGCCUAUAUCAGCACUGGAAAUUCCUCUGAGUCAGCAUUUGUCAAACUGGAGUGUAAAUCAGAAUACCAUGGGGUUUAUGGUCAGCAGUUAAUUCUAGGGUGCAUUGUCAAACCUGUGGUUGUGGAUGUGACCAUCAUAACGGUGACCUGGAAGAGAAUGGGAGCUGCUGCUAAAGCUGAUGCUAAUUUGUUGGAAUACCAUAAAGGGAAAAGGGAGCUAACCCCUGGGUUUAAAUUUGCUGAGCCAUCCUGGAACAAGACGAAUAUGAAUGUGUCCUUGUUGUUGACAAAUACCAAGAUGGCCGACAAGGGGGUGUAUGAAUGCAUGGUGACCACAGAUGUUGGGAUUGCCACAGCUACAAUCAGCCUCAGUGUCACAGCUAAGUACAAGACUCCAACCAUGAGCUCCCUCCCUGAGACCAACAUCAAAGAGAACACAGAUGUGACCAUUUUCUGCAACUCUACAGGCGGGCACCAGACAGGGCUGAUCUGGUGGUUUGACGAGUUCGGCAGCAAUUGGACGCGCAGUGCUGAACUGGUGGCCAAAGAGACGGAUGAUGGACUGUUCAGCCUCUCCAGUAAAUUCACAGUGCUGAAGGCUACAUCCAGUUACACAAACUACACGUGCAAAGUGCUCAAUGUUAACGGUGCCGAGGAGGGGAUGGCAUCAUUUGUGAUCCAGUUUGCGUCGCGAGACUUAGGUGUUAAAAGUGACCACUUGGAUAUUGCCUCCACCACCAAAUGGCUAACCCCGGUUGCAGUCAUAGGCUCUCUGAUCAUUGGACUCCUUGCUGCACUGCUGUUCUUUAAGAGGCGCUCUGCCCAACGAGCUCGAAGGCAUUCCACCUUCCCAUUAAUGAGUGGCCACCAACAGCAUGAUCAAUAUGUUGAGGCAGGAGGUCUAAACAGCGACAGGAGCUGAUUAGUCAACUGGCAGUCUCUGGAAGGGGCUGUUUCCUUGACGAUCAAUAAGGAGCUUGUCACCAUCACUGUCCUAUGAUGGACUGUUUCCUGUUAAGUGUUCGGUGACAGUCACUUUGGCACUCAGGUCAUUCUGAUUUGAGGCAUUUGUUUCUUCAUAAUCUACUGAGGAUGCCAGCCUUUAAGCACUGUGGUUGAUUACAAAUUAUAUAACUCUUUAACAGCCUAUGUUUAAAAGCCUAACAUGAAUGGUUAUAUACAGAGUUGCCAUGGUGCAGGUAAACUGUAGAUUCUACCAGCAUGAUUGUUAUAACUCAGGUCUGCUAAGAGUACUGUGAAAAUUCUUUGCAACUUCCGGUGCAGGUUUACAGGCUGUUCCUGCUUUAAGUUUUAACAGUGGUCAAGUAGGCUACUGUGGCUAUUUGAUCAUAAUGUAGGCCUACCAGAGUGGCCUACCGUAAUAAACAAUGGAGAAAAUGCAUCCCAUAACAUUAUAACAUGGAAAUAGCUGUUCUGUCAUUCAGCCAACAGUAGCAGCCAAUGUGUGGUGUUUAAUGUAAGUCUACAUUCCAUGAGACUUUUGAAAAAAACAUGUAGGGCUUGACAUGAACCUGUUUAUCCACUUGUCCUUCAAACAAGGAGGUGAUUGAAAAUGUUGUGUUGUUUGAUGCAAGAAACCACUUGCAUCAUUAUUCCCAUACCAUUAUUACAGAGAAUGAUACAAAUUAUGCUACCCUCUGCCUGUUGGCUACUUAGCGUAUUCAAGGCUGAAAUGCACACAUUUUGUGUUCUUGUGGGAAGCAAUCACCCCCCCCCCCCCAAUUUCUGACUACAAAUUAUCAAUAACUGGGCUAAUAACUCACUAACUAGUGAACAAAUGUGCACAAGUCGCUACAUUUAGUUCUUGCUUUGAUCUACUCACAACCGCUCAUGCUGUAAAAACAGUCCAGUUCAAAGUGAAUGGCACAGAUCUAUAUAUGGCAAUGGUCUAUUUGUAUAUAGGCCUACUGCAGCUCUGAUUGGUUAUGGCACACUGGUCUGUGUAGAAUACAAGUCUGCCUGUCAAUGCAAUAUAAUCCUACUCUGCACAUGCGCAGCUUAGAGGGAACAUUGUUCACGAGUGUACACAGCACUUCAAAAAGAUGAAGUGAAACUAAUUUCGCCUCUGAGGGUUCGUAAGACUGUACAGUGCAAUACGACAUGUUUCAUUUGACCAAAUAUUUGUUGAUCAUCAGGUUUCAAUAGAUACUGCUGUGCCUGCCACUGUCCUCCCUGGGCUUUCAUUCUGCUACAAUGUAUAUGAGAAGAAAUGUUAUGCUAAAUAGUACAUUACUUUUGCCAUUUUGAAGUCAUCCUUUGUCUUGGCUUUGUGUAAUAUCUGGAACUUAUUGUAACAUUAAACCAACCUUGUUACCAACAGCCAGCCUGUUGCUUCAACAGUGCUACCGCAGCAGGUUCUUUUGUUUUGUCCUUCCUCUUUCUGCUGCUGGAAAAUUCAGAUCUAUGUCUAUGUCUUGCCCAGGCCCGCCUCCAUGAAGUCAGUUUAAUGGAACGCAACAGUAAAUAUGAAAACCGAUGGACUAGAGUCAAUUAUUAAUCAGAGAGAAUUGGUAUCAGUUUCAAGGGGACGUAAACAUCUUCACCUGGUGGUUGAUUAUGAUCAUUUUGGAAAAACAUUUCAAAACAUUUUGUGUUUUGCAAGGGGCAGCAAUUGUCUUGUAUUUAUAUAGUGAUCGUUUCAGUUCACAUUUUACUGCUAUCAUGUUGCUGGUGAUGGCGUUACAUAUCGACUGAGAAAUCUGUUGUUGUAUUGAGGUAACUUGAGGUGAAUGCCAUCCACAGCAAGACUAUACCUCCCACAAUUCCUUCCAAGCCUUCUACAGUAUCUGUUCCUUCUUGCUUAAGUGCAUACUUGGCAGUUGGCACUGUAGAUACAGAUAUGAUUGACCUAUCUCUAUGCCAGCCUGCAUGGAACUAGUCUGGGCUCUUUGAUCUUUUUUGUUGUUGUUGAUUUUUGCUCGGCUCUAAUAUGGUGGCUUGAGAUGUUUGUGUGUAAAGUUAUGACUAUUUGCCAAUUCUAACAAAAUUAAGACAUGUUAUUUCAUAGUGUAAGAGGCCAAGAUGAGAGAGGACUCCUGUCUGUAUAUGAAGUGAUUGUCAAGUGAUUUGAUAAUAGGUACAAAAAAAGACAAUAUAAUAUUGUAAUAAAACUAUAAUCUAUUAAUGCAUCAA